AUAAAGAAAGCAAAUCAUUCGUUUUACGAAUAGGCACUUCCUCGAACAACAAGGUUCGUCAGAAAAAUAAAUCGAAAAUCAACGCAAUUUGAGACUUCCCUUAAUAAUUCGACUUACAGAAUGUAGUAUGUGCCAGCAUUUUUAUUCGAGUUAUGAAGAAAUUCGAGCUGUGGAAGUUCGAGUUACGGAAGCAUAAAAGUAUGUAUCAACAACACGAAUCAACCACAAAUGUCUACACCGCAGGCGCAGUUGCAACAAAGUUUGCAACACCAACAACAACAGAUGCAAAUACAAUCGACACAUCCACAGAAUCAACAGCAGUCAGUGCAACAAACGAUUACAGCAACAACGGUCAUCACACAAGCGACAACAAUAUCAGUGCCGACAUUGCUGACGACAACGCAUCAGCACCAGCACCAGCACCAGCACCAACAUCAGCAUCAGCUGCAUCAACACCACCAACAACAACAGCAACAACAAAAUCAACUGCAAACAAACCAGCAGCAGCAGCAUCAGCAGCUGGAAGGUAGUCCGCCAAAUCCGCCCGAAUUAAGUAAUAAAACGUAACAUCAGUGGGAAUUGAUGUUUAUUAAUAUUUAAUUUCUGCGUUUUUUGCUUUUAAAUAAUUUAGCGUACACACACACACACACACUUACGU